AUGGCUGUGGCCGGAGGUAGAAAGAUUCCGAGGGUUUUUGCAAACAGCGACUGUCCCGUUCAAGCAGAAGCUGACGACGCUCGAAAAGAUGAAGAUCUGCCUAUCACUGCCAGACCUGAACGUGCUGCUCGAAAGUCAAGCGGUCGUCGCCCCGACUCUCCUCAGCUCCGACCUGUGGAGCGGUGCUUGACGGUGCCGGCCACGUCGAUAGAAGCUCGAACGACCCAACUACUACACUCUUCGCCGGAUCCCCUCGCCCGGCAUCCGGUCAAGAGCAUUCGGCGGUUCACUGGUACUGGUACUGGUACUGGUACUGGUACUGGUACUGGUACUGGUACUGGUACUGGUACUGGUUGGCGCGAAACCGUACAGGCAGGAGGACAUGGUGAGGAGUGUGUGCAAACUUCCGCGGCGGGACACAACUGCACAGUCAUGGGCCCGAGAUAUCCUGUUGCAGGCCGGAACGAGGCCGGCCAGUGGCCACCGGGUCCUAAUCUGCCUCGCGAUGAGUAA